CUCACUCACUCUCUCGUAGCAAAUCGCAAUGGCGCUUUCCUCUGCAUUCCGCGAGCGCCUCGAGCAAAUGGAACACACCAGAUACCAACGUCUCUCUCUCCUCCAGGCAGAGAGAGAAUUGCAAGCGAGCAAGUCUCAGGUCUUGGCGUCAAAGCACGCAAACAUCAGGGCCAUGGAACAAAGGUGCUUGAUACUCGACCAAAAGAUCGCGUCUCAGAAUUUCAAGAUCUCGGCCCUCAAGUCCCAAAUUGAAAGCCUCGAUGCGAAAUACUGUUCAGAAUUGCAAGAUUUGAGGGUUUUGAAGAGUGAGGUGGAGGAGCUUGAGGAGUUGGAGAAGGAGAGGGAUAGGUUUUACGAAUUGAAGAGUUGCGAGAUGAAGGAGUUUAAGGAAAACGUAGAGAAGUUCGUCGUGGAAUGUCAAAUGCGCGUUGAGGAAUUGAGGAACACUGUAAAAGAGCCUUCAACUGACAGUUCUUCUGGGGGGCAUGCAUUGCCAGAGACAAUUAGGCUCCAGUCAAGCAUUACAAAACUCCAGGGCGACAGUGGAUAUUUUAAUAAUUCUGAGAUAUCUGCUGCUGAAAUGAGAAACUCUGAACUUAUAGACGUGAAGAAGAAUUUGGAUAGAAACUUGGCUUCUAAUUACCAAAAAAGAGCACAGUUACACGAGCAGCUUCAGAAAAUAUUGUAUUAAUUGCAAGUUUGCUGAUAAGAAGGUGCAGGCAACAAAAAUGAAAGCCAUAUUGUACAGAAGAAAGAAGUUUGAAAAGCAUAGCCUAUGUAAAGGGCAUGACUCCGCUGUCCUCAAUUUUUUAUUUUCUAUUUUCACUUCCCCCUCUUUGCUUCAAGUGGGAUAUGGGCAUUUAACUGUUAUCAUCUUCCAUAAUUGGCCUCAUGCUGAAGAUGGUAUAGCAGUAGAAAAGAUUUUCCUUGUCAAAAUAGAAUGAGGAUUGGUGCCCAUGACAUUAUAAAAUUAGUUUGUGGAUCA